CGUGUGUGGCUCUCGCGGCUCGGUGCACGCGGGGCUUUCCCGGGGGCCGGCGCGGCGCGUGGGUGGGAGCCGGGAUCUCCGCUCCCCUCCCUGCACCCCAGCAGGAAGGAGCCUUGGAGAGCGCGGAGGCAGCGGGGCUCAGGGCUGGAAGGAACAUGAGGUCUUUUGGGCUUUCAAGAGGAAGAACUGGUGGACUGCAUAGACAUUGACAACAAUUUGUGUGACGAGAGUGGGACCUGCGACAGGAAAGUCUUCGCUUUGGAUAUAUACGUUAAAUCUUCACCAGUUGCUAGAGGGCAGAAAAUUACCAGACAUGUCCAUAGCCCUCAAGCAAGUUUUUAAUAAGGACAAGACCUUCCGUCCCAAACGCAAAUUUGAACCUGGGACCCAGAGGUUUGAGCUCCAUAAGCGAGCACAGGCCUCGCUGAACUCAGGAGUGGACAUGAAAGCAGCCGUGCAGCUGCCCAAUGGAGAAGACCUAAAUGAUUGGGUGGCAGUUCACGUGGUUGACUUUUUCAACAGGAUCAACCUGAUCUAUGGAACUAUCUGUGAGUUCUGCACAGAGAGGACCUGCCCGGUGAUGUCUGGGGGCCCUAAGUAUGAAUACCGGUGGCAGGAUGACUUGAAGUACAAGAAGCCCACUGCACUGCCAGCACCCCAGUAUAUGAACCUUCUCAUGGACUGGAUCGAGGUGCAGAUCAACAAUGAGGACAUAUUCCCUACUAGUGUGGGUGUUCCCUUUCCAAAGAACUUCCUUCAGAUCUGCAAGAAGAUCCUGUGCAGGCUGUUCCGGGUAUUCGUUCACGUCUACAUUCAUCACUUCGACCGCAUCAUCAUCAUGGGAGCUGAGGCCCACGUCAAUACCUGUUACAAGCACUUUUAUUACUUUGUAACAGAGCUCAACCUCAUAGACCGCAAGGAGCUAGAGCCUUUGAAAGAGAUGACAACCAGGAUGUGUCACUAAAGAGCCACCCGUCGAACAGAAGAGAAACCCAGUUUCCUCCUUAUUGCAAAGCUAGAGCUCAUGAGAGACCUCCUGGGCUGAACCUGCCUGUUAAUUCCCAGGGGUGGGAAAGUGAAGGACAGAAGGUUACGUUCACAGAUGCUUCUCAACAUUAUGUGUGCUCUUAACCCUGAAAAUGCUGCUAGGAGCCUCCUCUGAAUGAUGUGGAAUACCAAGUGAGAAAGAAUUGUCUUGGAAUUUUUUUCUGGUUCCUGAAUUAUUGAGGAGGAAUUCUUCAGUCACAAUGACGUUCCAUGUUCCUGCUGUUCAAGCUUUACUGGAACUCAGGUUUUUAGGCUGGCCUGCAUAUUUGUAAUUUUGAAAUGAACCUGUAUUGUUAGUUGAAAAGAUUUUGUAUACUUUGAUUUUGUGUAUUUUGUUUUCCAAGUUCUGCACAAUAUUAAGAAUUCUGGAACUUCAGCAAGAUUUUCAGAUGGAGCCUUCUGUGUCUGCAUAGGACUUUAGAUGCCAGCCAAGGUUUGUGCGUAAAUAUUCCAAAAUGCCACUGAGCCUCAACGUCCAUAGGAACACAGCUGCAUUCCCCAGCAGAUCUGGCAGUGUGUACAUUGCUUGUUGUCUUGCUUCAACUCUCAGUCAGGUGAUGAUGGGCCAGAUUCUGAUCUCAGCUACAUCAGUGUAAACCCAGAGUAAUGUCAGUGAUUUCAGUGGAGUCGCCCUGGUCUUACACCAGUGUGACUGACGGCACAGUCUGGCCCGGUAUCUGUACAAAGAAGGGUGGUGGUAAUUAGAAUUGAAUGAAAUGCCCUAUGUACCGGUGACCACAGAGGUUUGGUGCAUGCAUGUAAUUUUAGCUCUGUCCUAUUUCUUUUUCUUCCCCACCUCGUUCUUUCCAAGGUGAGGAUAUUCCGUUUGGGGGGGAAAGGGGUUGUAAAUUAACGAAGACUAUUAGGGAGAAGGUGAGGUCAAAACCAUAAUGCAUGACUGCAUUGUCUGUAAAUAGUGUCUAGUAAGACGGGCUGUCUUCCACACUACAAAGAUAUAGUCAAGUUCCCAGUAUACAGUCUAAUUUAAAUCAGUGACCUCAACAUCUGGCCUAAGGUAUUCAUCGUAAACUCAUUAACUUAUGUACAGUGUGCCUGGUGCCAUGGGGAUGGGCCCAUUGGAAAUAUUUAUAAUAGUAUUUACUGAGAGAAGGUCUCUAGAGACACAUUUUAACAAGUGGAAUAUAUACAGACUAGUCCCAUAUAUUCUGUGCCUUCUAAGGAAUUUGGCAUGGACCUUUUGUUCAAUAAUAAAGAUGAUUCUUUCAGAUCAUGUGCUGAUUCCUGCUUCCCCUAAGCAUCUAUUUCCACCAAAGUGAUUUUAACAGUCUCUGCUUCUUCUGAGGUAGUAUUGGAAGCAAACUUCAUAGAGUAUCCAGUGAUGGAGUACUAGUGAUGAUAUAUGAUAGACUGAAAUAUAGCAGACACUAAAGAAUAACAACAAGCAUCUGAGCUCAUAUUGUUGCACAUAAUGAUAAUGUCUUAUUCCCCUGCUUGAUUUAAUAGGCUCUGCAGCAGAGGUGCAGAAGUCAAUGAUCACAUAUAUGUAGGGACAAAGGGUUUGAUCUAUGAAAAUUCAGUGUUGCUAAGUUGGAAAGUUUUCCAUAUCUUUAGAAUUAUGCAAAUAGAGUUAACCCUUGCCUUCAAGGAAUGUUCAACUUUCAGUUUGUUACAUUGAACUAAAGUACUCCUUCCUCUUUCACUGCUCUUUUGCAAUCAAGCUACCUCUUGAGUGCACUACAGGGACUAUGUUACACAUCAUCUUCUUGACAUUCAUUUGGCUGGUGCUUACCCACUGCGUAAUUGUGGAACUCAUUGCCACAAGAUAUCACUGAGGCCAAGAGCUUAGUAGGAUUGUUUAAUAAAAUAGUUAUAUAGUUAGAGAGAAUAUUAAUAAUUAUCCAUCACAUGAUUUCUUGUACCUUCCUCUGAAGCAUCUAAUUCUAGCCACUGUCAGAGACAGAACUGCUGGUCUGGUGUGGCAUAUCCUGUAUUGUUAAUUUCUAGCAUUUCGAGACAAAUGACGGUUCACUACCAAUAUUCCACAGCUUUGCCAUAUGCAAUGAAAGUUUAUAUAAAGAAGAUGUGAAUCUGUGGAAUCUUUAGGUAAAAAAUCAAACCGUGACUACAUAAAAUUGAAAAGCCUAAUAUUUUAUCUACAAAGUCAUUUUUAUUCUACCUUUCACUAAAGCCACUUACUAUAUACUGUCUGGGUCUAAUUAACAUAGUGCAAUUCUAAAAUGUGCAGGAAUUUGUUUUGAUUAACUUUUUUUGUGAUUGUGAUAAUGUCACUGAAUUUGAAAAACUGUGUUUUAAUGUUUUUUUUGUUUUGUUUUUAAAUUAGGUCCCAGUUCAGUUUAAUAACUAUUGUGCUCUCCCUAAUGGCUGUUAUAGAUUCUGCAGCAGAGAGAGACCCCAGGGACAUCAUGGCUGUCUCAGCCAGAAUUCCUAUUGGGUGGCACUAGGAGAGUCCAUUGCAAAACAGGAGUGGCACCAGCCGUUGAAAGGUGUAGUGUGUGCUUGCCGCCUACACUGGACCAUGUAGAAAAGGGAUGCAGACAUAGACCCACACUUGGCCCAUUCUGUUUGGGCACAGUCCUGCUGCUGCUAAUACUAGUCUUAUCCUUGUGCUGAGGGAACACCAGGACUGGAUCGUGCCUGACCCCCGUACAGGGGUACAAGAGAUAAGGAACGGCUCUUUGAGUUCCCUUCUCUUUGUUCUCAUGCGCAAGGCUAAGCACAUUUUGGCCCAAAGCGCAAUUAUGAAAUGGGCAUCUCACAGCACCCCAAGUAAGUUUGUUAUUACAAAAAAUCCAUGCAAAUCUUCAUCCCUAAAGCUAACAAUGCUAGGAAAUAAUGAAAUGUUUGUUACUGCAUGACCAUUUUGGAUGUACACCUCUACCCCGAUAUAACGCUGUCCUCAGGAGCCAAAAAAUCUU